AUAACUAGUUGUUUUAUAACAAGUAGUUGUAUAAAUAAUAGUAAUAAAGUUAUAUAAAAACACUGUAACUGGGGCAGGAGUGAGGGGAAUGGAUUAGGGUAGGAUACAACAAAAGACUUCAUUCAUCUGCUUCUGUGACAUUAUUUCUCUUAAAAUAAAAUUAUCCAUAGUAAAAUGAUAGCAUUUGUUAAAUAUGAGCAUAGGGUGUACGGGUGUUAGUUUUAAGUAUUUCAUAAUUUAAAAAAUACCAGAAAUCAAAAUGCGCAAUGAACCAUGCUCUUAGAAAGUUAACAAAAGUGUGGGAUAUAUCAGAUACUUGAUGAAUUUAUUUUAAAUAAGGGUGCAUUAACUUUUCAUCCAUAAAUUCAAGUAUAUGUCUGUCAGCAGUAUUUAUUUAACCCACUGCGGUAAAAUUCAUUCUUCCCUUGUUAUCCCUUUAUAACAAGGUGUUACUGUCAAUUCGAUUAAAUUGGAAAAUAAAUGAGAAAGUACCUCAAAGCACCAGGCCCAUAUAGCUACAGUCUAGAUUAAACACACAGAGACACAUUCCCAUACACACACACACACACACACACACACUUUAUUUCUCUUUAUUUUUCCCAUAUAUGAAAUAUGAUAAAAUUGGCAUGGACUAAUUUGAAUCUGAUUACUAUAGACAGAAUCUUGUGGAAGUUCAGUAAAUUUCUAGUAAUAUUACCCCUGUAACUAGACAAUAUUACCAACUUUUUCUUAAGGUUAUUAUGAAGAUAAGUAUGUAAAAUACUUAACAUUACCUGACAAUUAGUGGUCAUUCAAAAGACAUUGACCUUGCUCCCUUAUGUAUUUAUUUCAUUUGUUAGUAAGAUUUUAAAAAAUAGACCUUAUUUUUAUAAAAACAAGUUUUUAAACUUAUUUUCCUUCUUCCUUUCCAUUCUGAGUCUACUUUUUAACCUUAUUUUGAAGUUUUGCCUAUCAGUCAAGAUACAGCCACACAUGAGCCUUGGGAUUUCCUUUUGGACUUACUCUUUCAUGUUGAUACUCCUUCAGUAGGAACUCUUGUGAAUAAAAGAAACAUUGAUAGAGGAUGAUGAAUCACAGGGAGAGCAGACAUUUCCCAAAGAGAUGAUUCUGCAAAGUUGACUGUUUACAAGUUCUUCCUAGAAUUCUCUUCUCACUUUUUAAAAAAUGAAAUGAUAAAGUUGCAUGAUCAGUUAUCAAAACUUCUAGUAGAGCAAUUUAUGACUUCUGUUUUUUCCCUAGACAGUUUAUUUUGUCUACAGUUGGAUCUAAUAUACACUCUAAUCCAGAUCCAUGUGUGAAACCUGAAUAAUUAAAUUAGAGGAUUUAAAUGAUACAGGUACUAUUUUCUUUCCCUUUUUUGGCCAUCUCUAAAAGAGAGAAAUGUGUAGACAUUGGACUAGAGUUGGCAAGAAUACCUUUAUAUUAUUUAAUCUAAACUAUAUUAAAAUGUAUUAUAUGAUAAAGCAUUGAAGUGACCUUCAAAUUGCAUCCCUUAGAACUGUUUUUCUCUCCAAUUCUUACAUUAGUGUAGUAGUAAUCUCUUUUUGUCUUGAAGUUACAUUUCCUUUCAAGUAGUAUAAUAGCUGUCUUUUUUUUUUUUUAAACCAGUACUUCCUGGGGUCUUUGACAGUAAUAAAUAUAGUCAUCAGCUAGUAUAAUUAUUCCCUUUUGUGUUUAAAUUUAUGAAGGUGAGGAUUCUUUCUGGGAUUUUUUAGUCUUUUCACUCAAUAUCAAUGAGUGAUGCUACCCAGUUGUACUUAAAUCACUGGAUAAUAGAUCUUUCUCUUCCAAUGGGAAAGGAUUUAAAAAUCAAAUUGUGUAGUAUGUACUUAAUACAUAUUUUACACUGUGUUUAGAUACUUCGGUUUGGAUAAGACAAAAAAUAUAUUUGAAACAUUGCUCUGUCGGGACACUUACACAAAUUUUGUUAGCAUUUUAAUUUUUAGGAAACAUUCUUUAAUAAAUAUUCUGUGAAUAUAUUAAUGGCACUCAGAUGAGAUAAAAAUAAUUAUUUUAGGAGAAAUCAGAUUAAAAAUGGAACAGUAAUUAUUGUGUAGUAUUAGAACCCUGACUGGCAGUUUGAUGGACUGGAGAAGAAAAAGAUGAUCUCCAAUAAAUCGGUAACAAGCUUUUCAGCUUCAGGAAUAGUGCUAAUUAUUUUUUUUAAAUAGAGCCUCUAGGAUCAAGCAUUUAAUGCACAAUAGCAUAUCUAAUUUAAAAGUGUCAAUUGGGAACUUUUUUUGAGAGGAGAAUAAGGAAGUAUGUGGAAGUUGGCCUGAGAAAUGAAAAUACUCUUUUGUUGCUAAAAUGUAGAUAUUUCUUACUGCUUGAGUGUAUUGGUCAGAAUAUAUCCUCUUCCACUCUUUAAGGUAUUUGUGUAAGGGCACAGCCUAAAAACACCUAGAGAGAACAUUCUGGCUUAUGGAUUAGAUUGCAUUAGUAAACAGAAGAACAAAUUGGUGAAUAUGAGUUAACAAAAAUUUUGAAUAAGAAAUUUCCCCACAUGCAUUUAUUUGGGUGUUAAUAAUUUAAUUUUUUGCAGUUUGUUUUGAAACAUUGCUUAUUGUAGCAUGUUAACUUAUGUUGGGUGGGGAAAGUGCAAAUGGAAAUUUGAAACUGUUUUAAAAAUGUAAAUUAAAUGAUCGACCCUACAAUUUUUUUUUGGUUUGUUUUUUUAAUUUUUGUUUUUGGUAAAAUAAUCUGGAUUGCUUAUUUUAUAUGCUGGGAUGCUAGUUGUUUUUCUAUUAAUACACUUAACUUGCAUUCUAGCUUCGCCAUUCAGAGACAGGCAUCGUGUGGUGGGUUGUGUGACAGUGUCUGUCAAUAGUGAAGACAAAUAGUGCCAGAGACACUUAACCCAUCCAAUCUCACCCAGGGUAUAGGAUUUGCCUCUGAAGCAGGGAGUGUCUGCAUUAAAAAUGACCUGUAGUUCUCUGCUUCAUAGAUGCUUCUUCAGCUCCCUCCUCUUCCUCCAUGGGCGGUGCUUGCAGCUCCUUUACCACCUCUUCCAGCCCUACCAUUUAUUCUACCUCAGUCACCGACAGCAAGGCUAUGCAAGUGGAGAGCUGCUCCUCAGCCUUGGGGGUAAGUAACCGAGGGGUAAGUGAAAAGCAGUUAACCAGUAACACAGUUCAGCAGCAUCCAUCAACACCGAAGAGGCACACAGUCUUGUACAUCUCACCACCACCUGAGGACUUGCUGGAUAACAGUCGGAUGUCCUGCCAGGAUGAGGGGUGUGGAUUGGAAUCUGAGCAGAGCUGCAGUAUGUGGAUGGAGGAUUCCCCCUCCAACUUCAGUAACAUGAGCACCAGUUCCUACAAUGAUAACACUGAGGUACCUCGUAAAUCACGAAAGCGAAAUCCAAAGCAGAGGCCGGGGGUCAAACGACGAGAUUGUGAAGAAUCUAAUAUGGAUAUAUUUGAUGCCGACAGUGCCAAAGCACCUCACUAUGUGCUUUCUCAGCUUACCACGGACAACAAAGGCAACUCAAAAGCAGGAAAUGGAACAUUGGAAAACCAAAAAGGAACUGGAGUAAAGAAGAGCCCUAUGUUGUGUGGACAAUAUCCUGUUAAAAGUGAGGGAAAGGAGCUGAAGAUAGUUGUACAGCCUGAGACGCAGCACCGAGCUCGGUACCUGACUGAGGGUAGCCGUGGCUCGGUGAAGGACAGAACACAGCAAGGUUUUCCUACAGUGAAGCUGGAAGGCCAUAAUGAGCCAGUAGUGUUGCAAGUGUUUGUGGGCAACGACUCUGGUCGAGUGAAACCACAUGGAUUUUAUCAGGCCUGCAGGGUAACUGGGCGAAAUACAACUCCCUGCAAAGAAGUGGACAUUGAAGGCACUACUGUUAUAGAAGUUGGCCUUGAUCCGAGCAACAACAUGACACUGGCGGUGGACUGCGUAGGGAUAUUGAAAUUGAGGAAUGCUGAUGUUGAAGCCAGAAUAGGGAUUGCUGGUUCCAAGAAAAAAAGCACUCGUGCCAGAUUGGUUUUUCGAGUUAAUAUCACAAGGAAAGAUGGCUCCACUUUGACGCUGCAAACACCCUCUUCUCCGAUUUUAUGUACUCAGCCAGCAGGAGUGCCGGAAAUAUUAAAGAAAAGCUUACAUAGCUGUUCGGUGAAAGGAGAGGAAGAAGUAUUUUUAAUUGGCAAGAACUUUCUAAAAGGAACUAAAGUUAUUUUCCAAGAAAAUGUUUCUGAUGAAAAUUCUUGGAAGUCAGAAGCAGAAAUUGACAUGGAAUUAUUUCAUCAGAAUCAUCUUAUUGUGAAGGUUCCCCCAUAUCAUGACCAACAUAUAACUUUGCCAGUAUCAGUGGGAAUAUAUGUAGUGACCAAUGCUGGAAGAUCUCAUGACGUUCAGCCAUUCACUUACACUCCAGACCCAGCAGCAGCUACUGCUUUGAAUGUAAAUGUCAAGAAGGAAAUAUCUAGUCCGGCAAGACCUUGCUCUUUUGAAGAGGCCAUGAAAGCAAUGAAAACGACUGGAUGUAACUUAGAUAAGGUAAAUAUUCUUCCUAAUGCUCUGAUCACUCCACUCAUAUCAAGCAGUAUGAUUAAGAGUGAAGAUGUUACUCCAAUGGAAGUAACAGCAGAGAAAAGAUCUUCCCCUAUUUUUAAGACUACAAAGACGGUUGGAUCAACUCAGCAAACAUUAGAAAAUAUCUCUAACAUAGCAGGAAAUGGGUCUUUUUCAUCAUCAUCAUCUUCCCACUUGCCUUCUGAAAAUGAAAAGCAGCAACAGAUUCAGCCCAAGGCAUACAACCCAGAGAGCCUGACAACUAUCCAAACACAGGACAUUUCACAGCCCGGAACCUUUCCAGCAGUUUCUGCGUCUAGUCAGCUGCCCAACAGUGAUGCGCUACUGCAGCAGGCUACACAGUUUCAGACAAGAGAAACUCAGUCUAGAGAGGUAUUACAGUCAGAUGGUACGGUGGUGAAUCUGUCGCACCUGACUGAGGCGUCACAGCAGCAGCAGCAGUCACCACUGCAAGAACAAGCACAGACUUUACAGCAGCAGAUUUCAUCAAGUAUUUUCCCAUCACCAAAUAGUGUGAGUCAGCUGCAGAGUACGAUUCAGCAGUUGCAGGCAGGAAGUUUUACAGGCAGUACCGCUAGUGGCAGCAAUGGAAAUGUUGACUUGGUCCAACAAGUUUUAGAGGCACAGCAACAGUUAUCUUCAGUUUUAUUUUCUGCUCCAGAUGGUAAUGAGAAUGUUCAAGAACAGCUUAGUGCAGACAUUUUUCAGCAAGUCAGUCAAAUUCAAAAUAGCGUAAGCCCUGGAAUGUUUUCCUCAGCAGAGCCAGCAGUUCAUACCAGACCAGAUAAUUUAAUAGCUGGAAGAGCUGAAAGUGUUCACCCACAGACUGAAAACACAUUAUCUAAUCAACAGCAGCAGCAACAGCAACAGCAAGUGAUGGAAUCGUCAGCUGCAAUGGUGAUAGAAAUGCAACAGAGUAUCUGCCAGGCAGCUGCCCAGAUUCAGUCAGAGUUAUUUCCUUCAACUGCUUCAGCAAACGGAAACCUUCAGCAAUCUCCAGUUUACCAGCCGACUUCUCAUAUGAUGAGUGCAUUAUCUACCAAUGAGGACAUGCAAAUGCAGUGUGAAUUGUUUUCUUCUUCUCCUGCAGUUUCUGGAAAUGAAACUGCUACAACCACCACACAGCAGGUUGCAACCCCAGGCACAACCAUGUUUCAGACAUCAGGUUCAGGAGAUGGAGAAGAAACUGGAGCACAAGCAAAACAGAUUCAGAACAGUGUCUUUCAGACGAUGGUCCAAAUGCAACAUAGUGGGGACAGUCAAUCUCAAGUUAACCUUUUUUCAUCUACAAAGGGCAUGAUGAGUGUUCAGAAUAGUGGUACCCAGCAGCAAGGUAAUGGUUUAUUCCAGCAAGGUAAUGAGAUGAUGUCCCUCCAGUCAGGAAAUUUUUUGCAGCAGUCUUCUCAUUCACAGGCUCAACUUUUUCAUCCUCAAAAUCCUAUUGCUGAUGCUCAGAACCUUUCCCAGGAACCACAAGGCUCCAUUUUUCAUAGUCCAAGUCCUAUUGUCCACAGUCAGACUUCUACAACCUCUUCUGAACAAAUGCAGCCUCCAAUGUUUCACUCUCAGAAUACCAUGGCUGUGUUACAGGGCUCUUCUGUUCCUCAAGACCAGCAGUCAGCCAACAUAUUUCUUUCCCAGAGUCCAAUGAAUAAUCUUCAAACUAACACAGUAGCACAAGAAGAACAGAUAACAUUUUUUGCAGCUCAGAAUUCAAUUUCUCCACUUCAGUCAACAUCAAACACUGAGCAGCAAGCUGCUUUCCAACAGCAGGCUCCAAUAUCACACAUCCAGACCCCCAUGCUUUCCCAAGAACAGGCACAACCCGCCCAGCAAGGUCUGUUUCAGCCUCAGGUUCCCCUGGGCUCCCUUCCUCCUAAUCCAAUGCCUCAAAACCAACAAGGAACCAUCUUCCAGUCACAACACUCAAUGGUUACCAUCCAGAGCAACUCUCCAUCCCAGGAGCAGCAGCAGCAGCAGCAGCAGCAGCAGCAGCAACAACAACAACAACAACAACAACAGAGCAUUUUGUUCAGUAACCAGAAUACCAUGGCCACAAUGGCACCUCAGAAGCAGCCACCACCAAACAUGAUAUUCAACCCAAGUCAGAAUCCAUUGGCUAAUCAGGAGCAGCAAAACCAGUCAGUUUUUCAUCAACAAAAUAAUAUGGCCACAAUGAAUCAAGAGCAGCAGCCCAUGCAAUUUCAGAAUCAACCCACUGUUUCCUCACUUCAGAACCCAGGUCCUGCUCAGUCUGAAUCUUCACAGACCUUGUUCCAUAGCUCUCCUCAAAUUCAGUUGGUGCAAGGGUCACCCAGUUCUCAAGAGCAGCAAGUAACACUCUUCCUGUCUCCAGCAUCCAUGUCUGCAUUGCAGACCAGUAUAAACCAACAAGACAUGCAACAGUCUCCUCUUUAUUCCCCUCAGAACAACAUGCCUGGAAUCCAAGGAGCCACAUCUUCACCUCAACCACAGGCUACUUUAUUUCACAACACUACAGGAGGCACCAUGAACCAACUACAGAAUUCUCCUGGCUCUUCUCAACAGACUUCAGGAAUGUUCUUAUUUGGCAUUCAAAAUAACUGUAGUCAGCUUUUAACUUCUGGACCAGCUACAUUGCCAGAUCAGUUGAUGGCCAUAAGUCAGCCAGGCCAACCACAAAAUGAGGGCCAGCCACCUGUGACAACACUUCUUUCUCAGCAAAUGCCAGAGAAUUCUCCACUGGCAUCCUCUAUAAACACCAACCAGAACAUUGAAAAGAUUGAUUUGCUUGUUUCAUUGCAAAACCAAGGGAACAACUUGACUGGCUCCUUUUAACUGGAAAUUCCAUGAAGAAAAUCCUGAUUUCAAGAGAUCCUGAAAUCUGUGAUUCCAUGAGGAUUAUUGAACUGUUACUUUAAAAACAAAACAAAAUAUGAAAAACUGUGACUGAGUAAAUAGAUUUUACUCUGACUGCAAAAGAGCACACCUAUGCUGUCUAUUGCAGUGAUUAACCACCAUCAUUAACAUCUUUAUAUUUUAUGUUCCUAAUAACAGUGAUGACUGAGAAUCUAUUUGAGUUUCCAGCUGACAGAAUUAAUUGUUGCUAUUUACCUAGGCACUAUUAUAUCUUUAAAAGUACAGUUUAAAUUGAUAAGCUGGACCACUCAGUUAUUAUUGCUAUUAGAAAAUAAUUCAUAUUGUCAUGUUUACUUUUGUUCUUCAUUCAUAUUUUCUUUCCUGCAUUGUUUUAGUCAAGUAGUGGUUUCUGAAAAAGGAAAGUUUAAAUAAUAACUAAUGCUGUGAUUUUUCAAUAUAAAAAACCACAGCUAUUGGCCAAAGUGAAGGAAUUCUUUUUCAGUUUUUAUGGAGAAACUGAAGAGAUAACAUUUUGACAAGUAAGCUGUAUUAAGAGCUCUACACAGAUUCAAGGCCUCUUUAUCACAGACAACACACAAACUGGGAACAGCUGGAUGCUAUUGAUUUUGUUUUUCAGAGAGUUGUUAAUUCCCUGUUUCUGUUAAUGAAUUUAACCAUAACUGCAUAGAAAAAUAAUCAUCUUGCUCUAUAAAAAAUGAAAGGGAGAAUGUAUGGUAAAUUAGGUUCUGAUAUCCUCCUACAGUAGUUAAAACUGACAGUAAUUGGAGUGUUUUUUUCUUUUCCCAGUCUUCGACUGGUGUUCCCUUUUUAUAUUCAUCUUUAUUAUUAUUCUCCUCUUCUUCAUUUUAUUUUAGACAAUUAGUAAUAUACUAACUUUGUGACCCUGUGGUAACUUAAAUGAAAAGGCCACUAUGACCUGGGGUAACCCAGCAACUCCUGCAGCACAGGCUGGGGAGGGGGCCACCCUUUCAGAAGUGAGGGGAGCUGAUUCCUGAGAAACAAGAAACUGCAUUUUUUUUCCAUGAACGGUGCUGUUCUGAAGUCUUCAAAUUUUUCCCUCUAAUAGGAAAUAGUAUCAAUUUUAAUUAAAAAAAAAAGACAAACUAAAAUUUCUGGAAACAUCACUUCUCCCUGAGCUGCAGUGGGUGUAAUUCACUUGUCACCUCAGUGCUUUACAGUCUGAAGUGGUCACUUAUCUGAUGGUUCCCACAAGCCUUAGGCUUUACAGGGUCAUAUCAUUGACUUAAAAUGAAGAAUUAAUUUGUGUUACAUCUGUAGAGAGCAAAAUAACACACUCCAGAACUUGCAGUUGUAGCAUUAGUUAUACAGUUUUGGGUGUUCUCACCACCCAUGGGAUGCCUGCUUCUCACUACAACCUGUUGUCUGGACACAUGCUUGUAUCUUAUUUUCCUUUUGGCAUGUAGAAAGCUGUUAAUACAGUUUAAGGCCAAAUUGUGUGUGGCAUCUAUAUAUAGAUAAGAUGUUUUGGCAUUCUUGUCUGUUUCCUUUAUUUUUUAAGUGUACAAAAAAAGAGCCUGUUAAUUGUUUGUUGAAGGCUACUUUUCUGUUUUUGUUUUUUUUUUUUUUAUUUUAAUUUUUUCUAUCCUAUACAUUUAGUUGAACUUUGUGGAAUUGUGGUGUUGGUUUUGUUUAUACAGCCAGAUUUUUCUCCCCCCUUUGUGAUGGUCUUCCUUGGUUCUUUGAAUGUGCUCUUCUUUAAUUUGUUUUUUCUCUUUGUUCUCAUAUAUUCUUCCCUCCAUCCCCAACCCUUUCUUUCUUUCUCUCUCUGAUUGAGAGGCAUUGAAUUAUGUUUUCAGUAGUACAGGCUUCUUGCCGAUAUGAAGGGAACUUUUCAGAAAGAGACCUACUCUGGGUCAUUUAAUUUUGAAUACAGUUUUCAAUCGUUCAAGUUUUGGAUGGUUUAUAUCUAAUGUGUGUUUCAUUUUUUUGGAAAGCUAUAUUUUGUAUUUAGGAAAUGGUAUACUAUUUUGCUAUUUGUACUGAGUGAGUACAUUGGCAUAAAUAUAGAAAUUUAUAUAUAUACAUAUAUAUAAACUAUUCUUUUUUGCCACACAUUUUUGUGGUAAAUUUGUGAGUUUGUCUGAUGUUCUACCACAACGUGGCGUCUGAUAACAGUGAGGGGGGGAGGGUUUGUUAUGUCUUUAUUGAGUAUUUAAGUAUCUUUUGAAACAAAUGACCUGUUCAUCUGUGGCCAUUCCAUCAGGCAGUUCCUUGAUGUGAUUAGUGGGCUAAAGGCAGCUUACUGUGUGUUCGCUGGAUCUUUCACUCAGCAAAAUGUUAGAGUAAGGAAACCCAUAUAGGCAGUUGCGUCAAAUGGUGUUUCACAUGAAUGAGCCAUUCAGUCUUUGCUCACUAUAUAUUUAAUAUUUUAUUAUUGUUGUUAUUAUUAAUUGGCUUUCUGUAUUCUAUGCCUUUUAUUUAUAAAGACACUAAAAAAAAACAUGUUUGUAAUUUUAAUAACAUUUUCCCCAUCUUGUAAUAUCCAGAGCUACUUUAUAAAUUCUCUAAACCAAAAACAUUUUCUUCAAUAUAUCUCUUCUCUCCCUACCCCAUCAGGAAAAAUUACCCAAUAUAGUUCAGGUUAUGAGAAGGACUAGCCACACAAUCCAGUGCUUUAGUUUUAAAAUGUAAAACUCUAACUGCAAAAGGUUGGCUAAUGUCUGAAAGCUUACUUACAGGUAUAAAAAUAGGAGUAGAAAUAAAAUGCUGUAAGUUUAUUUCUGAGUUUUCUGAAUUUUUUUCUAAGAGAUAACCCAGGAGACUCAGAAAUUCUAUCUGUUCAUCGAGUUCCAGUUAGAAUGUUAACACUGCUCUAUAGAUGAAGUGGUGGCAAAAAGACUGGCUUGUGUGCUGACUUCUGUUCUGUUGUUUAGCAAGAGGUUUAUCAUUGUAAAAUGCUGAUUGCCAAUGCCAAGUCACCAGGGACCAAUUUUCUGUUUUAUAAUAUCUAAGUUUAGAACAGAACAUACACCUGAACUGUAGUGGUUUGAUUGGAUGGAGGCAGAAAACCCAAUUUUUAUUUUCAUAAAUUUUGUGGUUAUUUAUAUAAGGGCUGUGCUAAGCUACCAUAUUCUUAUUCAGUAAUGAUGGAUUUCUUUUUAACAUUGUUAAAUGUUCCUUACCCCUAAAGGUCAAUAUUAAGUACCGCAUUAUGAAUAUACAAUUUGGUUACAAAAAGUGUUUGUCGUCUUAUUAAAAAGUUAGCUCAACGGUCAGUGGUUGAUACUUGUGCUAAUAAUGCAGUUUCCAGAUUACUGUUACAAGUUAUAGCUGCAUCUAGGAGAGACUCCAUGAGCCAGCAAAGGCCUUGGAAACAACAAUUUAUUAACUUUUACUUAUGGCAGAAGGACCUAAGCAAACUAUGAACCGUAUUUUAUUCCUUUAUAUUGUUAUACUCAAUUGUUCUUUCUUCUAGCAACUUACAUUAAUGCUUGGAGCUUAUCUUUGUGUCUGUGUAAGAGAGAGAGAGAGAGAGAGAGAGAGAGUGUGUGUGUGUGUGUGUGUGUGUGUGUUCCUUAUUGUCAUUCCAUUAUAUAUCCACAGCAAUGUAGGGGAAGAUAAUUAGAAGUCAUAUUUUGCUUCUGACUUUUAUCAUGUUACCUUUGUAAUUAGAGUAUUAUGUUAUUUAACCAAUGCAAAUCUGUUUUCAUCAGUUUCCCUAGAACAGAUGUUUAAAGGGCUUUGUUUUAUUAUAGAAGCAGUAUCAAUGAGGGACCUUCCUUCCUUUCUUUUUUUAUAAUACUGUAUAUGCUAUAUUUGGGAAUUCCAUUAUAGUACAUUUCUUGCCCAUCAGAACCUGUUAAUCUGCCUACAAAAAUUGUGUCAAAGGAAAUGAGAAAGAAGUUAUAUCUGAGUCCCUGUAAAACUAAGAUUAUAAUUCCUUUUGACCAUUUAAGCCAUUGUAGAUGUUUUAGAAAAAUGAAAUCUGUUUAAAUAUAUCAACAAUUGCAGACUGGAGUUAAAUGCUUUAAUAGAGUCUCAAAUUCAACAUGGUUUAUAAAUAUUCACUAGGAGUAAUUUGAGAAUUUUUUAUCUUUCUGGUGAGAAUUUCUGUUCUAAUAUCUGUUUUCUAGUUGAUUUGUUUCUAAUUAAUUGAAAAUUUUACAAACCUAUUAGGUCUACUCUGCUUCAUGACCACAGACUUCAUCCCUAGACAGCCACGUUACAUCUGUAUGCCUUUGGUUAUACUGAGGGACUUAAGGAAAGAGAGAGACAGUAUGUAUAGUUCAGCAGCUUCAUUAGAAAAAUAACUCAAAAUAUGUAUCCUACUAGGCGGGUUAAUAGAAUCUCAUAACAUGUAUUUAAGAAGAGGUUUUCUCCAUUGCUUAUUUGUGUCAUUAGAGCUAAAUUGUGAAGAUAAUGUUCAUUAUGUGGUAAAUGUCGGAAUAAUACCUAGAAUAUCACUUGUGAAUUGUCCCAGUGUUCUCAUUAUUUCUUUAAUCCCCAUUUAUUUUAAUGCCAUUUUAGCCUCAUUUAUUAAUAAAAUUCUAUUUUUAUUCCACUUUCAGGAAAUUUUUUAAAAUUAAUAUUUUAUAUCUAGGUUUAAAUGCUUAUAGAAAAGUGCCUUUUUACCAUGAUAGUGCCCCUUUCUUGUAAUUUCAUUUUUCACUAUUGCCAAAAAAAGAUAAACAAAUGACUUUCAUAGUUCCAACUUUCACUUUUUUCUAUUUAGUCAUUCUUUUCUACAUUUCUUGAUUAUAACCAUAGACAACAACUUCAUAACUUUCUGACUCCCUUUGGCAUAAGAGGAGCAGAAAAGAUACAUAGCUAGAAUUGUUUCUUUGAAGGAGGGUAAGUGAAAGAUCACAAAAUUAUACUAUUUAGGCUUUAUGUAAAUUAGCUAAAUUUGUCUUUAUCUUGACCAACUAAUGAUAGGUUUUAUCUGAAUACUGAUGAAAAUUUUACUAUAUGUGAGACUCUUAAAUAUCUAUAGUUUAAAAUAAAUAAAUAAAUAUAUAUAGUUAAAUUUCAGAAAGGAAGAGUUUGAAGCAUUCUCUGUUCGUAAUUAUAAAAUGGAUGAAAAUAAAUCACUAACACAUAGUUUAGGUAAAGACUGGUAAUGUCAGUUUGCCAUUUAACUGUACAGAGCCCAGUAAUUCAUUAUACUGUACUUCUUGCCCAUCAGAACCUCUUAGUAAUCUGUCUCUGAAAAUUAAUGUCAGUGGAAAUGAAGAAGUUAUAUCUGAGUCUAUCCAGAACUAAAAUAAUUCCUUGCAGCCAGAUACAGUUGGAUUGAGGGGAUCCCUCUGGUUUUUGUUAAUUUUGCCUAUGGUUCCAGUUCCUUACUAUAGUGGUAGUGCCUGAAGAAAGGGUUGUCAGCAACAGGUCAGACUAGUAGUAGCUUAGGGAUAGAGCUGCCUUCCCCAUGUGAGUAUUUCCAUGACUGUUAGUGGCACUGAAGACUGCAAACCUUUAUGCAAUAUUCUUAACACCCUAAUGGUGGUAUUAUGCACUUUAGUCAUUCCAAAGAAGUCAAGAAUGCUGUAUAAUGAUGAUUGCUAUCUUAACUACUUAGAAUAUUUAUAUCCCUUUUAUUUUGGCUAGCCAACUUGGUGUAUGUGUUAUGUGAAUAUUUUCUAAAAUGACUGUAUAGUAAGAAUUAAGACUUUGAAAUGUAAUUGACUAUAAGGGGAAAUGCCUACACUUCAGAAAAUCAUUUUAGAAACAUGAAGGUGUUCAUCUUGCUAAUCUAUAUGUUGGAGAGUUCAUUAAAACCAGCCCUCUUCCUAUAUAUUUUGUGUCAUAUUAAUAACAUUAUUGUAUAUACUUUUCUACAUAUAUAGUAUGUAUAAACCAAUAGUUCUCCAAGUAUGCUUCUCAGCCCACCAGCCAACGUCAGUAUUUCCUGGGAACUAGUUAAAAAUGCAAAAUCUUGGGCCCUAUCCAAACACAGUGAAUCAGAAACUCUGGAGUGGGACUCAGCAACUGUGUUUUAACAAGCCUUCCAGGUGAUUCUGAUGCUUGCUAAGGUUUGAGAACCACUGGUGUAAGUUGUAUACAGUAAGAUCCAGAAAGGGCUAUUUUUGGGGGGGGUUUUGUUUUUUUUUCACUCACACAGACACAGUUAUACAUUGUUUUUGAUGUAAAUUCAACUUAACCUGGUUAUCUAUAAUCAUUUAUUGGCAAUGAUAAUUUAUUCUCAGUACUGCCUGUAGAAAUACAGUAUAUUUUAUGUACAUAAAUAGUUACUCUAGUUAUUGAUAAUUCAGUUAACUUAGUUUGGCAUUUUCUACCACUUAUUAAAAAGUUUACAUUAAAUGACUGAUUUAAAUAUAUAGGUGCAAUGUUCUAUAUUUAUUUUAAUUAUUAUGACAUUUAAAGUAGCUAACAUAAUUGACAGGUGCUAAAGCCUCCUGUUUAUCCAUAAAAUGGGUACACUGUGGCAGUGAUAAUACAAGCUUUCUUUUCAUUGCCUCUUACUUUACCAGCAGACCACAAUUUUGGCCUGGCUAGACCAACUCUCAUAACAAAAUUAUUUGUCAUUCCUUGUAAUUAUAGUUUUACCCGAGAUAUUUAAACAUCAUGGCUGGCCAGGUCAACAAAGCACCUUAUUUAAUUUCUUUUUUUAAUAGAUAAAUCUUUAAAAAUAGCUUGCUUUGUAUGAGAACUGAUGCAGUAAAAAUUUAGUAUCCUUGGAACUUAGGCUUCAGACAAGAUAUUAAAUAGGACCAUGCAUUGUAUAAUUUGGACAUUUCUCCCUUCCCAAUUGUAUGCAUCAUGGAAAAUAAAUUAACCACAGUAGAUUUAUUCAUUCAUUUUAAUCUCCCUGUAUAUUCAGUACCUCUUUAAUUUUUCUAAUUUUCCCACUGUUUACAAAUCACCAACUAAUAAACUCGUGAAAGAAAAACGUGCGUUUCAAAAUAAAAGUCAUUGUAUACUCACUUUAUAAAAAUAACCACUGCUGUCUUUACUUAAUACCUGCAGUGGAAAUGUAAGUGGCUUACUCUACAAACUUUGGUGCUGGAAAUGCAUAGGCAAACUGUUGGGAGAUGCUCAACCUACAUUCCUCUUUUCUUGUUCCUUUCCCCUCUUCCCUACUUGAUUGCAUAGUAUAUUCCUGUAUCGAAAGCAUUCUACCAUACCACAAUUCUGUUUGACUCCAACUUGUAGUAUUUCCUUUAAAAGCCCUGUGUUUAACCAUAUCAUUCUGCUC